CAGCAGCAAGGCCAGGCGAUGUUUGCAAGAAUCACAUUUUACCCAUCGCUGCUCUACAAUGUGAUGAUGGAGAAAAUUACCGCCCGCAACUGGUACGAUCGCAUCGACGAGAAUGUCAUACUGGGCGCACUGCCGUUUCGCUCGAUGGCACAGGAAAUGGUGCGAAAGGAAAACAUAAAGGCAGUCGUGUCGAUGAACGAAGAUUACGAGCUGUGGGCAUUUUCCAACAAUAAAGCCCGGUGGGACAAGCUGGGCGUCGAGUUUUUGCAGCUGGAAACGACCGACAUCUUUGAAUCGCCGUGCCAGGAAAAGCUGUGGAAGGGGGUUAACUUUAUGAACCGUUUUCUGCCGGCAAGCGAAAAGAUUGUACAGCUGCCAGCGUCCGAUGGGCCACCAGUUGCAAGUGGCACGAUCUAUGUGCACUGUAAGGCGGGCCGGACGAGAAGUGCCACACUCGUGGGCUGUUACCUGAUUUUGAAAAAUGGCUGGAGUCCAGAGCAAGCGGUGGAACAUAUGCGUGUCUGUAGGCCACACGUGCUACUACGAAGCAAGCAGUGGGAAGCGUUACGAUUGUUCCACCAAACGAAAUGUCCUCCAAAUACGCCCACGUAA